CCAGAGGGGAGGGACACUCGCGUUGGGAACCUUGAAGCCUCUCUACGUUGCUGUCGUUACAGAUAUAGAUUGAUCCAUCAUGCUACGACCGGCCAUGGCGCAGUACACAGUCACCAGGCCACUGUACUCCGAGGACUCGUUCGCCCAGGAUCACGAGAAGAUCUACAGGCAACGCAAGACCCUGCUGGACCAUGUGAAGGCAUACUUCACUUGUAACUCGAAGCGAGCGAAGAAUACCGCCCUUUCCCUGCUGCCCAUCAUUGGCUGGAUGAGAAUCUACCGCAUUAAGGAGUGGCUGCUGAGUGACAUCGUGUCCGGAAUCAGCACUGGAUUGGUCGCUGUCCUGCAAGGUCUAGCCUACAGCCUGUUGGCCUCUCUCCCUCCAUGGUACGGGCUCUUUGCAGCUUUCUUCCCUGUCAUCACUUACUUCUUCCUGGGCACCUCCAGACACAUCUCAGUGGGUGCAUUCCCGGUCCUGAGUCUAAUGGUGGGGGCGGUAGUGACCCGGCUGGUUCCAGAUGAAGGUCCUCCAGCCAACAUCACAGGCUUUGAGGGGUUGACCCCAGAUCAGCAGAGGGUCGUGGUGGCUGCCUCUGUCACGUUCCUCAUGGGAAUCUUCCAGUUGGCCAUGGGGCUGCUGCAGGUGGGCUUCAUUGUAAUGUAUCUGUCAGACACACUGGUCUCUGGGUUCACCACAGCGGCUGCCGUCCACAUCCUGGUGUCGCAGCUGAAGUUUGUGUUGGGGCUGGUGGUACCAGGUCUCAGUGGACCUCUUGCCAUCAUCUAUACUCUGGAGAAGAUAUUCGUGCAGAUCACAGACACCAACAUUGCCGACCUGGUGACAUCCAUCAUCGUCAUGGUGGUGGUGUUCAUAGUGAAAGAGCUGAAUGAUAGGUACAAGGCCAAGCUUCCUGUGCCCAUCCCCAUAGAGGUCAUCAUGACCGUUAUUGCCUGUGGUGUCUCGUACGCGUUCAACUUCAAAGACAAAUACAAAGUGGAUGUUGUGGGAGCAAUACCAAAAGGGUACGAGCCGCCGAUGGCUCCGAACAUGCAGAUCUUUGCGCAGACCGCCGUGGAGGCGUUCCCCAUGGCCAUUGUGGGCUUCGCUGUGGCUUUCUCUGUGGCAAAGGUCUAUGCUACCAAACACGACUACCUCAUCGACGGCAACCAGGAACUCAUUGCUUUCGGUGUGAGCAACAUCUUUGGGGCGGCCUUCAGAUCGUUUGCGGCGAGCACAGCUCUCUCCAGGAGUGCGGUGCAGGAAAGCACAGGAGGUAAAACCCAGGUUGCUGGUCUACUCUCCGCCAUCAUAGUGAUGAUCGUCACGUUGGCGAUUGGAUUCCUGCUAGAACCACUGCCAAAGUCAGUGCUGGGUGCUGUUGUGAUCAUCAAUCUAAAAGGGAUGUUGAUGCAGUUUCGAGAUAUCCCCUACCUGUGGAGGAAGGACCGGCCCGAUUGUGUGGUGUGGAUUGUGACCUGCGUUGCCUCAAUCCUGUUGGGUCUGGACCUGGGGCUGGCUGUGGGCCUGGGGGUGGAGCUGCUGGCUGUGGUCUUCAGGACUCAGUUCCCUCGCUGCUCUGUCCUGGUCAACAUCAAAGGGACAGACAUCUACAGAGACCGCAAGGACUACCUCAGCAUUUACGAACCAGAUGGUGUGAAGAUCUUCAGAAUACCCUCACCGAUUUUCUUUGCCAACAUUGAGUUCUUCAGAGGGAAACUGGUUGAAGCUGUGGGAUUUAACCCCCUGAGAGUGUUGCGGAAGAGGAACAAGGCCCUGAGGAAGAUCAGGAAGCUCCUGAAGAAGGGAGAACUGCAGAUUACAGAUAAGGGGCUGAUGCAAACAGGCUCAGGGCCCAUCGAGGAGUCGGAGGACGAGAGCAACAUGGAAGACCUGGACCAGCCCACCAACUUCCAGGACCUUCCUGUCCAGGUCAACUGGAAUGCCGAGCUUCCUGCUGGAAUCUGUGUCCCCAAGGUCGACAUCCACAGCAUCAUCCUGGACUUUGCGGCCGUCUCGUUCCUCGACAUCUCUGCACUGAAGGGCCUCAAAGCGGCACUGAAAGAGUUCAUCCGAGUUGAUGUGGAGGUCUACAUUGUGGCCUGUGAUACAUACAUCCUGGAGAAACUGCACAGCUGCAAGUUCUUUGACGACGAGAUCAAAACGUCCAUCUUCUUCCCGACCCUCCACGAUGCCAUGCUGCACACAUUGGAGAGACAUCCCUGCCAAUCACAGCACAAGAGCCCAUUUGAAAAGGUCUUUACUCACAGUAACCAUGACAGCCAAAUCAAUGGUGGGAGCAGCUUGCGGAACAGGGACAAGGUGGUCUCAGAGCCAGAAACCAAGUUCUAG